AUGAUAAUAAAUAAACUUAAUUCUUCUUCCUCCUUCUUUUAUAAGCACAAUUGUCGCACGAUUAUACCUAUACCCCGCUUUAAUUAUUCCACCAUCAUUUUAUUUUAUUUGUUGGUAUUUUAUUUUUUUCAAAACGGUAGUUGCACAAGCAUUGUCGCUGACAAGACUUGUAGUCAUCCUUUAAACUAUAGUGCUAGCAAUAACAACAGUAAUAGUAAUACGAUUACUAAAAGAGAUAAUAACUCUAGAGUUUUAACUUUACAACAUCAUCAACCACCUUGUUAUAUUCAUUCAAAUUUGAGUCAUACUACUACUCCAUCAUCAAGUUAUAAAGGUAGAAUGAAUGAAUCAAAUAUUAGUAUAUCUUCAGAAUCACCUAUUUCAUCAUCAUCAUCGUCGGUGAGUGAUAGUAGUCCAACAACUGUUAGAUUACUUACCUAUAACGUGUUUGUACGUCCACCUGGCAUCAAGAACAACCAUAACGACUACAAAGACGAACGUUUGGAAUGCAUGAUAUCGUCAGACUUGAAUGCACACAAAUUGGACAAGUUGACGAGUUCACCCAAGGGCACUACGAGUAGCGUCGUACCUUUUUCAUUGUAUGUGGUGGACAAGGACAGAUUCCCGUCCAUCCCAUACCUUUCACCAUGGAGAUCUCCACGUCCCAACCAUCAUCAUCACCACCACACUCAUGCAAAUGGAUCAUCUUCGUCAUUUGAACAAGAAUUAGAAUCACAUAGUGGAAAGAGUUUCAGCAAGUUGGAUGGAUCAAUACUUGGUCAAUUUGACAUAAUAUGCCUCCAAGAGCUCUUUUCAGCAUUUAGCUUUAGACAAAAACGCUUUAUUGAAAAGGCAAAGAAACAGAACUUUUUGUAUAGUGCAACGUCGCCGCUACCUAGAUUGCUGCGCACCACCUUUCUCGUAGACGGCGGUAUUGUCGUCCUCUCCAAACACCCGAUUGUCAAGACCGAGUAUCUUCAAUUCAAGCAGGGUGUAGACAGCGACAUGCUUGCAUCCAAGGGUGCACUCUACACCAAAAUCCAAAUCACACGUGACGAUGGUACACCUGGAUCUGAAUACAUCCACCUUUUCUCGACACAUCUUCAAGCAUCGUACAACCCGAGCCAAGAACAACUGCAAAAGGGUGGUGGUCGAGACAACCAGAUGAACGACUCUGUACGAACCAUCCAACUCAACCAACUCCGAGACUUUAUCAUCGAGAUGACCAAGUCUGACUCGUACCCCGUUAUCCUGGCCGGUGACCUAAACGUCGACGGAAAAGGAUCCAAAACCGACCCUACAAAGGACAGCAAAGAAUAUCAAGAAAUGAUUGCCUAUCUAUCGAGGGUACCACCAACAGGUGACGAUGAACCACAACAACAACAACAACAACAGGCAACACCACCACAAGGUGGCAAGAAAGUAUAUAAAAUAGCCGAUCUUUUAAAAGAAGAUGUAGGAUGUCAUCCAGCGACGGUUGGAGAUACCAUUGGAUUGGCUCAGAAUAGUAUCCCUAGAGAAACAUGUCUCACUCAUCCAAACGAUUAUGGAUGUCUCAAAAGACUAGAUUAUAUAUUUUUAAUGGACCGUGUCAAUGACACCACGACAACCGACGAAUGUAGAGUUAAAGGUACAACCAAAGUGGAACCAUUUUUUAUUGAAGGUUUCCCAUUCACUCAAUUAAGUGAUCAUUAUGGUGUAUCUACAAAUCUUCAAUUUUAUAAUAAUCAACAAUAA